AUGAAUAACAGACAGAUAAUCCAGGAGAAGCAAGGCCUUCAGAAUGAUUUCCUCAUUUCUGUGGGACAAAGUAAUAAAAAAGUGAUGGGAUGGCUCCAGCCAUUGAAGCAGGAUUCUAGUAACAACAACAAGAACCGUAGUGAAGAGUCGGCGUUCUCAGACUUCUUCAAGCUACCGAUCAUUAGUUCGGGGUCUGGGUUAAACUUGGAAGACAGUAAGGAAAUGAAUAUCAACACUAUAGAUGAUCAUAUCAAGAAUAGAAAAACAUUGAAAGUACGAAGUGACACUGGAAAGUACGAUGCCAUACGGGCCACGGAGAAGAAACUCCAGGCGGUGGCCGGGGAUUCCAAGAGUAUGCAAUCAUUGAAGAACAAAUUGCGGAAGGAUAACGUACGGAAAGUCCGGGAGAAUAUUAAUAAUAAUAAUCCUUUGCAAAAAGCUGAUCGAUCAGGUGCACGCAGUAAAAAAGUGAUGAACCAUAACGAUGGCGAUGAUGAGAGUGACAGUGAUCAUGACAGGGAUUUAAGAGACCAGAGGUCGACCAAGAAGAAGACUGCCAAUGUGAUGUUUGGCAAGGUGAAGAAGAACAGGAAGUAG